CGCUACACGGGCCACGGUCUACGGUUGCACAGCAGCGCCUCUACGACGGCCGGGUACAAGCACAAUCGCUCUCCCUGCCUUUCCCUGAUCAAGCCACACACCACCAUCUCUCCCCCUCCCUUUCCCCCCCAUUCUCCCUGUUUACCCAGCAACGACUACCGUAACGAUCUCACGACCUUGACGAAUAAUCUCCCACACUCCCAUCCCGCAAUACUCCAAAUCAAUCCAAAACCAAUCAGACAAAAUGGCUCUCAAGAUCAAGAACAUUGUUUCAAAAAAGGACAAGGCGCCCGUCGAGGAGGUCGAGGCUGCUCAGGUUGACGUCGACGUUGACCAGGUCGCGCUCGAUCACCAAAAGAAGGCCAUCGAGGAAGCUAAACAGGCCGAUGCUGCUGCUCUCGAAGCUGAGAAUAAGGCGCGCACCGAGGCUGCCGAGGCGCUAGCCAAGGCGAACGCGGAUGCUGCCGAGGCCGAAGCGAAGGAGUACAAGCAAGCCGAAGACGCCGAGCAUGCGAGCGACGAGGCAGCCCUGCAGACCGAGGCUGAUCAGAAAGCAGCAGCCGAAGCUGAGCGUCAAGUCUCUUUGGCCCAAAACGAAGCCGCGGCUGCUUUGCAAAAGGCCAAGGCUGCAGAGGAGGAGGAGAAGGCGGUCCAAAAGGCCAUUGCGGAGCACGAUGCUGCCGUCGCUGCUUUUGCCGCCGUGGCGAGCAAGAAGCUGGAAGAGGCAAAGGGCAAAGCGGAGGCUGACAAGUUCAAGCAGUUCGCUCAAGCUUCCGUAGCUCGUCGCAAAGCUUCCGCAAAGAUCGAAGCCGCCAAGAAAGCUGCGGAUGCAAAGGCUGCCAAAGCCCGCAUGGCGGCUGAGCGUCAAGCUUGGGAAGAGCGUCAAGCUAUCGAAAAGAAGGCUCACAAGGCUCACUUGGCAGCAGAGAAGCUAGCUGCCAAGGAGCGCGUGGCUGCUGAGAAGAAGGCGGAAAAGGAGCGCAUCAAGGCGAACAAGGAGGCGGAAAAGAGACGCACAGUGGCUAUCGAAGAUGCAGAGGCCGAACGUCUCGCCGCUCAUCUGCGAGAGGAGGAGGCCAGCCGCGUGGAGAAUUCGGUGGACGCUGGCGACGAGAUCGUCGCCCUGCCAGUCAACGAGACUUACUCCUCUUGGCUCUGGGGCCUCCUGUUUGGACAGCCUACCGUCGACGGCUCCGAGGCCAAGAAGGCGCUCGAGGGCGCAGAACCAACGUCCACCGACGCGACCGAUGCGGAUGCCUCACCACCAGCUUCGGCGCCUGCUCCUGCUCCCGUUGCCAGUGCCGCCUGAAUGUGAAACGCCUCUCGACACCAUUGUUCCCGUGAUCUUUCAACAUGCCUCGUCGACCUGCUCUCCUCUUCCUCUUCCACAUUCCAUACACGCAUACCCUUGCUCAGAGUUGUCAUCACCUUGCUCUGCAGCACUGUGGACAAAUUUCUUGCAGCUCUUUUGUUCCCCGGGCGAUUCUCGGCUUUAAUUUCAUGUUGACGUGUCGUCUUUGAUUCCUGGG